AUGUUAAUAUUGCUUGCUGGUGCUUGUGCCAGUGCUGGCUCUUGUGCCAAUGCUUGUUUUGGUUCUUGUACUAAUGCUUGUGAUGGUGCUGGUGCUGGAGCUGUUGCCUGUGCUUGUGCCGGUUUUCUUCCUAGUGCUGGUGCUGGGCCUGGUGAUGGAGGUUGUGCCUGUCCUGGUGCUUGUGCUGGUGCUUAUGCUUUUGCUUUUGCUUGUGCUGGUGCUGCUGGUGAUGCUGUUGCUGGUGCUUGUCCUGGUGCUGGUGCUUUUACCGUUCCUCGUACCAGUGAUUGUGCUGUUGUUUGGGCCGGUGCCCGCGCUUAUGCUGAUGCUGGUGCUUGUGCUCGUGCCAGUGCUUGUGCUUGUGCUUGUGCUGGUGCUUGGGCCGGUGCCGGCACUUGUGCUGGUGCUUGCUCUAGUGCUAGUGCUAGUGCUUGUGCUAAUGCUGGUGCAGGUGCUUUUGCUGGUGCUGGUGCUGGAGCUUGUACCAGUGGUCCAGCCGGUGCUGGUGCUUGUCCCUGUUCCGGUGCUUUAGCUGGUGCUGUUGCUUAUGCUGGUGCUGGUGCUUGUGCUUCUGCUGGUUCCUUUCCUUGUGCUUGUUUUGGUUCCGGUGCUUGUCCUGGUGCUGGUUUCUGUGCUGCUUCUUCUGCAGGUGCUGGUUCCUGUGUUGGUGCUGAUGCUGGUGUUUUAUUAGUGCUAGUGCUGGUGCUGAAGCUGUUUCUGGUGCUUGUGCCUGUGCUGGUGCCUGUGCUGGUCCCUGUACUGCUAGAGCUGGUGCUAAUGCUGCUGCUUGUACUGGUGCUGGUACCGGUGCUGGUGCUUGUGCUGGUGCUUAUGUUGGUGUUUCUGCUUGUACCAAUCUUGUCUUGUCUUGGUGCUGGUGCUUGUGCUGGAGCUGGUGCUGGUGGUGGUGCUAGUGCUGGUUCUGGUGCCAGGGCCGGCCCUUCUGCCGAUGCUUGUGCUGGUUCUUGUACUAAUGCUAGUUCUGGCGCUGGUUUUGGUGCUAGUGCUUGUGCUUUUGCUGGUGACUGUGUUUCUGCUGAUGCUGGUGCUUUUACUAGUGCUAGUUCUGGUGCUGGUGCUGGAGCUGGUGCUGGUGCUGGUGCUGGUGCUAGUGCUGGCGCUUCUGCUGUUUUUGGUGCUUUUGCUGUUGCUUGUACUGGUGCCGGUGCUGGUGCUGGUGCUGAUGCUGGUGCUAGUGCUGGUGCUGGUGUUUGUGCUGGUCCCAGUGCUUGUGCUGGUGCUGUUGCUUAUGCUGGUCUUUGUGCUUCUGCUGGUUCUAAUGAUGGUGCUUGUUAUGGUCCCGGUGCUUGA